UUCACCAAAGCGGCCAACAUGGCAGGAGGCAAGAAGAAAUCCUCUACUGCACCGUCAGGACUUCUAAAAACACUUUCCUCCAUAUGGCAAGACAAACACAUGGUUUUAUUCAAUGUCGAGUACACGUUCUUGGUUACGGCUGUGCUUUGGUUCUUGGAAAUUGGAAUCAACAUAUGGGUGAUCCAAAAAGUUGCAUACACGGAGAUUGAUUGGAAAGCCUACAUGGAUGAGGUGGAAGGAGUUAUUAAUGGCACUUACGACUACACGCUGCUGAAGGGCGACACGGGGCCUCUUGUGUAUCCAGCUGGCUUUGUGUACAUAUUCACUGCUAUGUAUUACAUUACUGACCAUGGACAGAAUAUUCGUCUGGGCCAGUACCUGUUCGCUGUCUUCUACCUCAUCACUCUGCUGCUUGUAUUCCGCAUUUACCAUCGAACCAAAAAGGUUCCACCAUACGUGUUUUUCUUCGUCUGCUGUGCUUCGUAUAGGAUUCACUCCAUUUUUGUAUUGCGUCUCUUUAAUGAUCCAGUGGCCAUGAUGCUGCUAUUUGGAGCCAUCAGUCUCUUCCUGGAUGGUUGCUGGACUUGGGGAUGUGCCCUCUACAGUUUAGCUGUGUCUGUGAAGAUGAAUGUUCUGCUCUUCGCUCCGGGUCUGCUCUUCCUCCUCCUGUGUGAGUUUGGUCUGUGGAAAACUCUGCCCAGACUUAUUCUCUGUGCUGCCAUACAGCUGUUACUAGGAUUGCCAUUCCUCCUGGUGAAUCCUGUAGGUUAUGUUAGCCGGGCCUUUGACCUGGGCAGGCAGUUUUUGUUUAAGUGGACGGUAAACUGGCGUUUUCUCCCUGAGGAGGUGUUUUUGAGUCGAUACUUUCAUCUGGUGCUGCUCCUGGUUCACAUCACCACGUUAAUUCUGUUUGUGCUGAAGAGAUGGAAGAGACCUGGGACCAGUAUUUGGACUAUUCUAAAGGAUCCUUCUGAGAGGAAAGAGACUGUACAGAAGCUCAAUGCUGAUCAGACAGUUCUGGUUCUGUUCACUUCUAACUUCAUUGGGAUGUGCUUCAGUAGGUCUCUGCAUUAUCAGUUUUAUGUGUGGUACUUUCAUACGCUCCCCUUUUUGCUGUGGAGUGGAGGAGUCAAGAAGCUUGCUCACCUGCUCAGGGUGUUGAUUCUGGGUCUGAUUGAGCUGUCCUGGAACACGUUUCCCUCCACCAUCUACAGCUCUCUCUCUCUGCAUGUUUGCCAUCUCAUCAUCCUGCUUUGCUUGUGGCUAAACCCCACCCCUGCUCUUCCAGCUCACAGGUCAGAGAACAAGGCUAAACGGCACUGAACAGUGGCCCGAUCAGAGUGCUCGUGGUGUGGGAUGAUCCCUGGCCUCCACCACCUGUCUCUGGUCCUGGAGUCCCAAACUUGUGUGACAAACAGGGGUCAUCCUAGGCAAGAUUAUGAUGCUCAAACGGUAUCACUUUGGUUUGUUUAUGGAUGAAUUAUACAGUUAAUGUACUGUAUUUGAGGGAGGGAGAGAGUUUACAAUGUUUCUCAGGAUUUUUAAGGACUACUGCUCAGUCCUUGAUAUCGGAGCAGGAAAUUUGGAAAAAAUAUUUUUGGGAAUCUUUAUCUAAAGGACAUUUAAUUUUUUUUUUUUUUAUUUGUUAUAGCAUAUCCACACAGUUGAUCUCUGAGACCUAAAGGCUCACAGAUCUGCUGAUGUCGGCCCAUGGACGCAUUAUUGUCAGGACUUAUCUAUUGAUUACCACGUCAUUGAUUUUCAAGUUAUUCAGGGAAUUUUAUUUUCCUUUAAAUGUUGUUUUUUUUUCCAACCAUGCACAGCAACAAUAAGCUUAAAAGGAUGAGUCAACCAAACAAACUCUCUCAUCAUGUAUGCAUUGAAUGUUUGCAUGUUCUUCCAAACCUGUAUGAUUUUCUUUCUCCCAUGGAAAACACAUUAAGUAGAUGUUAGGCAAAAUGUUAGCCUCAGUCACACUUCACUUUCAUUGCAUCUUAUUUUUUUCUUCCCAAUUUGGAAUUCCCAAUGUGCUCCAAUUCCUCGUGUUGGAAUAGUGACCCUCCACAAUCUGGGUGGUGGAGGAUGAAUCUCAGUUGCCUCCGUGUCUGAGACAGUCAAUCCGUGCAUCUUAUCACGUGGCUUGUUGAGCGAGGUAUUGUGGAGGCUUUACGCUAUUCUCCGCGGCAUCCACGCACAGCUUGCCACGAGCCCCACAGAGAGUGAACCACAUUAUAGCGACGACAAGGAGGCUACGCCAUGUGACUGCUGGGCCAAUUUGGUUGCUUAGGAGGCCUGACUGGAGUCACUCAUUCGAACUCGCGACUCCAGGGGUGGUAGUCAGCAGCUUUACUCUCAUAGCUACCCAGGCCCCCCUUCGUUGCAUCUUUUUACCACACAAUGAAAAUGAAUGUUGACUGAGGCUAACAUUCUGCCUAACAUGUAAUUUGGGGUUCAACAGAAGUCAGUCAUGGUUUUGGAAUGACAUGAGGGUGAGUAAAUUAUGACAAUUAAAAUGUUAUGUGAACUAUUCCUUUAACAAGCUCAUAAUAGUUUCUUGUAUAGGGCACAAAGGAAUAGCAUAGAUCUGCUUUUCCAUUUCUUCUAAGUUUGAGACAGCCAUGAACUUAUGUUCUCAGUUUUUUCUGAAUUUGUUUACUGCCUUUGUUCUUUUACUUGUAUUAUGUUCAGUAGGUUUGCCAUUUUUCUAUACUGUCCUACAAAGGCAAAAUGCAGUAAUUAUAGCAACACUCCUCAUAUUCGGAGUAAAUGGAGAAAGAAAAUGUAAUUUGCGUUUAAAUGGACAAUAAAAAAAACCUCAGUUUCAUAGUUAAGACAAACCUUUUGGUUACAGGAGUAUAUGAGACAUAAGUUUCCAUUUUGACAAAAUCUGUAUUGCAUUUUCCAUUUGUAUGGCAGUAAAGUGGAGAAUGAAACCGUGCUGCAAUGCUUAGUUUUUGGGGGUCAGUUUUUUCUGAGACUAAGUUUGAAUGACUGAUCUGAUUAACCUUUUAUUUUUUUUGCUUUUUGCAUGGUCAAUUAGCUUAAUUCAAUGUAUAAUUACUAUACAGCUGUUACAAAUGUUGUCCAUGAUGUUAUUCCAGUUUGAGGGUAUUAACAAAGCCUAACAGCUGGAAAGUUGUGGAAAAUGAAUCUUAUCCUUGAAGACAGCAUCAUCUGGAAUCAUUCAAGCAUUUUAUUGUAUUGGUUCUUAAGUGAUUGAAAAUAAAAUGUAAUAAUUUCAUAAAAUUCACACUGU